AUGCAGGGAGUCUCGACAGAACGACAACUCGAGCCAAAUAUUAUUAUGUCAGCUCCCAAAAUUAGUACAGUUGUUACGACAUUAACACCACAAAUACGAUUAUCUAAUUUACAUUUUUCUACCCACAACUCAACGGAGGAAUCAGGACAAGAUGAAAUUGAUGGUAGUCUCAGCCGUGUCCCUUAUCCAGAAGUAACAUCCGUGAAUAAGUCCACUUCUGCAUCUAUAGAGAAAAAUGUAAACACAGCACAAACAGUUUCAUCAAAAUAUGUCGCUGGAGCAACUUAUGCUUACCAGCCCGGAAAAACUUAUCGAGCAAAGCGCGUUUUUAAGGUUAUCAUAUUAGGUAAUGCUGGAGUUGGGAAAACUUGUCUUAGUUUUCGUUUCUGUAAUGGGAGAUUUCCGGCUCAAACGGAAGCAACGAUAGGAGUGGAUUUUCGAGAACGCUCUGUUGCCAUUGAUGGUGAACUGAUAAGGGUUCAACUAUGGGAUACAGCUGGACAGGAACGUUAUCGACAGUCCAUUGUAUCACAUUAUUAUCGGAAUGUGAAUGCCGUUGUAUUCGUUUAUGAUGUAUGUAAUCCGUCAUCGUUUCAUUCACUGAAUGACUGGAUCAGUGAGUGCCGCAAACACUCGGUUUCAUCGACAAACGAUACGCCGCAUAUACUAAUCGGAAAUAAAUGUGACCUGAUGCUGGAAAAUAGAGUUAAAACUGAUGUUGCUCAGAUGUUCGCCGAUCAAAAUGAUAUGGCAUUAUUUGAGACUUCAGCAUUGGCAGAUACGGAAGCGGAUCAUGUUGAAUCAAUUUUUAUGACAUUGGUGCAUAAAUUGCAACAGAGUAAGCCAAUGCAUGUUCAAACCGAUGAAGAAAGGGCCCGGAAAGAGCAAAGAUUAUUAGUGAAAGCUGGCGAUGCUAUUGCAGAAACUAGUGGUAAAGGAUGGUGCUGCUGA